AUGGAAUCAGAGGGAGUGAAGGACUCCUCGGCCGGGUUCUGUGCAUCUCCUGAGUCUGUGUCCCCUGAGGGUGAUGCUGGUUCUGGCCCUGAAACGUCUCCUGAGGAGGGGCCUGAAGCAGGGGUGCCAGGUGAAGGAGAGGGUGAGGGUGAGCGUGGCCCUCUGGGAUGCCUAGGCUUGGCGGCAGCGUCGUGUUGUGUGUGCGUAGAUAUGGAGCAGGUGCGUGGCUGUGUGCGCUCUGAGAAAAUCUGCAUCCUGCCCAUCCUGGCAUGCCUGCUUAGCCUGGCCCUUUGCACUGCUGGACUAAAGUGGGUCUUUGUGGACAAGAUCUUUGAGUAUGAGCCCCCUACUCACCUGGACCCCAAACGUAUCGGACAGGACCCCGUCAUUUUUGCAGAUCCCACACGAGAUCUGCCUGUGUCUUUCCCGCACCCCACCUCCGCCCGCACCCCUAUGAUCACCGCUGGAUGGCCUGAAGUUUUUGUGGAAGGGAAGUCCACAGCAGGACCUUUUGCACCUCUUUCACCAAAAACCACCAUUUUCACUCCCACCUCAGCAGUAACUAUACACAUGAACCCUGGCAGCCAGCCAGGCACUCCCUCCUCUUUCAGACCUGACAAGAAUGACAUGACUCCCCAAUACCCAUCACCCACUGUGGAAUCUAAUGACAUCCAUGUACCUAAACUCCCUGCCACCAGCACCACGCCCUCGGUGAAGACGUCCAGCCACGUGUCACGCUGCAGUGAGAGUGAGAAGGAUUACUGUGUGAACGGUGGAGAAUGUUAUACCCUGGAAGUCACACCUGGCAGCACAAAGUUCCUCUGCAGGUGCCCAAAUGAAUUUACUGGUGAUCGCUGCCAAAACUACGUAGUGGCCAGCUUCUACAAACGUCUUGGGAUUGAAUAUAUGGAAACUGAAGAGCUUUAUCAGAAACGUGUGCUGACUAUAACAGGCAUCUGCAUCGCUCUGCUAGUCGUUGGAAUCAUGUGUGUGGUAGCCUACUGCAAGACAAAGAAACAGAGGAAAAAGCUGCAUGAUCGCUUGAGGCAAACGCUACGAGAACGCAAUGCCAUGGCCAGUAUGGCUAAUGGCUGUCAGGCCCCCAGCCAACCCCCAGACAACAUCCAGCUUGUCAAUCAGUACAUGACGAAAUCCGCCAUCCCGACCCAGCAUGUGAUUAAGAAGGAAACUGAAACAUCCUUUUCCACAAGCCAGUACACGUCAUCAACCCAACAAUCCACCCCCGUGACUCAUACCUCCAGCCAAUGCUGGAGUAAUGGGAAGAAUGAGAGUGUGGUCUCAGACAGUCAAUCUGUCCUGGUGAUGUCGUCAGCGGAGAACAGCAGACACGGCACACCCAGUUACAGAGGACGUCUGAACGCCACUGGCGGCACCCGCGAGCUGAGUGCCUACCUGAAGAGUUCCAGAGAGACACCAGAGUCCUUCAGGGACUCCCCAUACAGUGAGAGGUAUGUUUCUGCUAUGACAACACCCACUCACCUGUCUCCAGUGAACCUCCUGUCUCCAGUGACACCCUCCUCUCCGCCCUCCGAGUCAUCAGUUCAACUUACCAGCCUGGCCAUGUCUGUUCCCUCCAUGGCCACAAGCCCCUCAGGUGAAGAGGAGCGCCCCCUCCUGUUCAUCACUUCUCCGCAGCUCCGCGACAAGCAGCAUCAAGAGCAAAGCCGCAACCAGUACCAACGCAACUCAGCCCACUAUAACCACGGCCUGGAGGACUCCAGCCCACUGCCUAGCAGCCUUUGCAUUGUGGAAGACGAUGAGUACGAGAGCACACAGGAGUAUGACGCAUCUAAUACCACAACACCGCAGAGUCCUUCUGACAAAGUGCCCAAUGCCCGGGCCAAAAGAACAAAGCCCAGUGCCCCCCAGACAGGCCAGGCUGCUGAGCAAGCCAGCAGCAGCAGCAGCUCAGAGAGCAGCAGUUCAGAGAGUGAAACAGAGGACGAACGCGUAGGCGAGGACACGCCCUUCCUCAGCAUACAGAACCCUCUGGCCGGCAGCCUGGAGGGGGACAGUAGCAGGACUAACCCCGCGCUGCGCCUUUCCCCACAGGAUGACCUGCAGGCCAGGCUAACCAGCGUCAUGGCCAACCAAGAUCCUAUUGCUGUGUAA